AUGACCACUGAGAAGUUCGUGGACAUCCCUUCCGGAUUGCAAUCAUGUGCAGCGUCUCCUUUGUUCCAGUAUUUGCACAUGAGCCUGGAACAGUUGGCCGAACUGGCAAGAGACGACUCGCGCAUGCUGGACCUGUGCCAGUCAGCACAAGAUGGGCUGGUCAGGGAGUAUGCCAUAUUUCUGUUGGAGAAAAGCUGUGGCGGACUAGCUGUGCCCAGUGAGAUGCUGAGUCUUCAGCUAAUGCUUGGUAACUUGUCGACGGUUCUGCAACUGUGCAGCGAGUGCCCCCUGGGACAAGACGCAGUUGCCGCACUGGCGAAGGAGGCCGGUGGAGCAAACGGACUGGGUCCUCGAUUUGGAUGCAGUGUCACUGGGGCACAAGUAGAAGCUGAGCAGUCAGCCUAUGAUCUGGAGGAAUGGCGCAAGCGCAUGGAAGAACAAGCAACACAAUGCUUGUGCAAAUUGCUUUGGACGGAGCUGUCGCGAAUCAGCCAACAAGAGACCGGUGAAAGCCAUGCUGUUAAGGCAUGGACCCGGCUCUACGCCCUUGCAGAGCCGCACUUGCUCGCAGCACGUAUGCUAAAGAGAGGUCCUGCAGGUGGGCAGCUUCAGGUGAUGUCCCUUUUUGUGUUUCUUUUGGGCAGCGACGCUUCAUCCAGCAUUCCGCUGGCGUGCCUUUGCGAGCUGAAAGUACGCCGGAGUUUGGUUGUGAAGAUACUGUACCAUCAGGGUGCUGACUUCAAAGCCAAGCUGGCUCCUGGAAGGCAAGAGGACAUGCUCGCAAGCUUCUGGCGUGGAUGGCCAAGAGGACAAGUCCUUCUCUCGGACGAGCUUGCAGUCCUCGCGAUCUCGAAGCUUGGCCUGGAUCAAAUUGCAGAAGACUUGGUCUGCGAGGAGCGUCGAUACCUGCCGCCAUAUGUUGCCCAAAGCCGGGACAAUGCUUCCAGGUUGGCAGAUCUCUGUUUCGCCUGGAGAUGCGACGCCUUGUGCACAACAAACGGUCAUGAUCCGAGAGUCGUUGACUCAAUCGAACUUGCAGCUUGGGAGUUUGUAUUCACCAAGCACCUGGCACGACUCUUGAGUGAAGACGACGUGCAAGUGGACGAUUUGCUUCGCUGCUCGGUCAAGACGCUGCCCUUCUGCGUGAAGCCUCGCAACUUUUCUUGGCGGCUCACGGUCCAGUCGCCUGCCUCAGAACAGUCCUUGGCCAGCGGCCUCGAAAAGCACGUGUUUCUGAAGGAGGUGUACUACCAGCGCGGCUGGCAAUACCUUCAGGCUCGAGAUUUUGACUGUAACUUGGUCAGCAGCGCUGGCUGGAAUUUGGUGCAUGGUCAGCAGGAGCUGUUGCAGCGCGAGGAUGUGAGAACUGCAGCCAUCCCAGCCGUGCCGGAAAUCUUGCCGCUCAGCAUCUUGGAGACUGGCUUUGCCGACUUUCCUGUUCCUCCCAUCCAAUUCAUGGAGCACUGCGGCUACUGGGCAGCAUAUGUAGAGGCAGACUAUCGAUCCUUGUCGAGCUUCUUGCAAGAUGCUUUGGCCAAACCUGGCGAAGAUUUGAUGUUCAAGGCUUGUGUUAGUCUUCGUGAUGCACGGGGCCCGGGACAUGUCAAGACCAUGUUGAUCCUGCUAGUCUAUCACGGCUACUAUACGUUGGAGGCCAAUGCGAGCCUCCACAUGAUGCUGGAAUGGCUACCCAAGUUGGCGCAAGCGCUGGACAUGUCAGAUGAGGAGCGUCACAUCUUCGCCUGCUUGAUUGAUCCAGCGGGAUACCAGCCGGGCUACAACUUGCAGAAUUCUGUCGCUCAGAUGUUCCAGCUCGACUGCAACGACCAGCUGCAGGUGCAGGUCCGCCACUGCCUUGUCAACGGCCUUGCUUGCUGCCUGUCGAUGCAGGGUGACAGGAGGUAUCAUUUCUGGCAGCAUGUUGUCGACCCUGGAUCUUUGCACGGCACGUACGGAUUUGGCAGCACCUCAAACAGAGCGAUCGGAAGCAUCCACUAUGACUGCGGAUGUGUCUUCGAGUUUGACGGGAAGCUGCGGAGAAUGGAGGCCAAUCCCCACUGGCCCGCUCCAGCCGCAGUGGCCAGCUACUUCCAAAGUUAUGGAGCCUUCUGCCUCAGUUUCGCCUUUUUUCCAGAUGUUGCCGUCAGCUUGUUAGACCGGGUCUUGACCCCUUCAUCCAUCCACUCCCAGCGUGAGAGCCUUGGACCCCGAAGAGUAGAAGACGGGUGUUCUGUGACGUUCUAG